UCUCUCCCUCCCUCCCUCCCCGCGGACUCUCCUAUCACCCUGAAACAGGAAACCGCUCACACUCAGAGAGAGACCACUUACUGUCCUAAACACAUCGUCGUUUUUAAGUCUCACCAUGGUCUGAGUUUCACCGAGUAACUUGCAGAACACUGUCGUAAGCCCCCUAAACGACAAAGAAAACGUAAAAGCAAAACAAAACAAAACAAAGAAGAAAGAGAAUCACAACGAUGGAGUGCGUUGGAGCGAGAAACUUCGCGGCAAUGUCGGUUUGUUUAAGCUCUUCUUCGAGGUCGCGUUUGAGGAGGAAGAAGCUAGCGAGAAUCCGAACCUCAAUCUGCAUUCGUGGAAUUAGUUUGCACCGUCACCACCAUCAUGAUGAUCAUCAUUAUCGUGAAGCUUCACGCUCGCAAUGUCUCAGCGUGGAGGCCAAAGCUGGUGCCGGAAGCGAGAGCUGCGUGGCGACGAAAGAGGACUUCGCUGACGAAGAAGAUUAUAUCAAGGCCGGUGGAUCGGAACUCGUGUUCGUCCAAAUGCAGCAGAACAAGUCCAUGGAAAUGCAAUCCAAGCUUGCUGAUAAGUUGCCACCCAUAUCUGUAGGAGAUAUAUUGGAUCUAGUGGUGAUUGGUUGUGGUCCGGCUGGUCUUGCUCUUGCUGCAGAAUCUGCCAAGUUAGGAUUGAAAGUCGGGCUCAUUGGUCCGGAUCUUCCUUUUACAAAUAAUUAUGGUGUGUGGGAAGAUGAAUUUAAAGAUCUUGGACUCGGAGGUUGUAUUGAGCAUGUUUGGAAGGAUACCAUUGUAUAUCUUGAUAAUAAGGAUCCCAUUUUUAUUGGGCGUUCUUAUGGACGUGUCAGCCGACAUUUGCUUCAUGAGGAAUUGUUGAGAAGGUGUGUCGAGUCAGGUGUAUCAUAUCUUAGCUCAAGAGUUGAAAGGAUUGUUGAGGGUAGCAAUGGCCACAGUAAUGUCAUAUGUGAAUAUGAUAUUGUGGUGCACUGCAGGCUUGCUACUGUUGCAUCAGGAGCAGCUUCAGGGAAACUCUUGCAGUAUGAAGUUGGGGGUCCAAAGGUGUCUGUCCAGACAGCUUAUGGUGUGGAAGUUGAGGUGGAAAACAGUCCUUAUGAUCCCAACCUGAUGGUUUUCAUGGAUUACAGAGACUACAUGAAGCAAAAUGUUCAAACUCUAGAAGCAAAUUACCCAACAUUUCUUUAUGCAAUGCCUAUGUCUGGCACAAGAGUGUUCUUUGAGGAAACCUGUUUGGCAUCGAAAGAUGCCAUGCCUUUUGAGUUAUUAAAGAAAAAGCUUUUUUCGAGAUUAAAUACAAUGGGGAUCCGAAUCACAAAGACUUAUGAAGAGGAAUGGUCUUAUAUCCCCGUUGGUGGGUCCCUACCCAACACAGAGCAGAAGAACCUUGCAUUUGGUGCAGCUGCUAGUAUGGUGCAUCCAGCUACAGGCUACUCAGUUGUGAGAUCUUUGUCGGAAGCUCCAAAAUAUGCUUCAGUAAUUGCCUCUAUUUUGAAAGAGGGUCAUACAAGUAGCAUUAUUACUCAUGAACGAAGUAAAGAGAAUCUAUCUAUGCAAGCUUGGAAUACCCUUUGGCCACAAGAAAGGAAACGACAGAGAGCAUUCUUUCUUUUUGGAUUAGCAUUAAUUCUGCAGCUUGACAUUGAGGGCAUCAGAACCUUCUUUCAUACUUUCUUUCGCUUACCUAACUGGAUGUGGCAAGGAUUUCUUGGCUCCUCUCUUUCCUCUACAGACCUAGUACUAUUUGCAUUCUACAUGUUCAUAGUAGCACCAAAUAACUUGAGAAUGUGCCUAGUCAGACAUCUGCUUUCGGAUCCUACAGGGACAACAAUGGUAAGGACCUACUUAACGAUAUAGUUACUUUCAUCACUUUGUUAGGAUCAUUAUAUAUGGAGGAAGCUUUAGAUUACAUUAGUUACUGUAAUAGAAGUUAGAAUGUUCUUGUAUGUACAUAUAUAACAAAACAAAAGAUAUGUUCUUGCUACAUUUAUGUGUAUCCCUUCUGCUACAACUUUUACCUUGUUAACACCUUGUUCAUGGCUAUUUUCAUGGAAAAAACUAGUGCCCGCAUUUAGAGGGGUUUACUAGUGCUAAAUAA